AUGGUGGCACAGCAUCCAUCGUUUUAUCUGGGCUUUUCCGCAAAGAUAAGCGACACAAUUUACCAAAAAUCAUUCAUUUCUCUUACAGAAUUACCUGUGAGAAGGAACUAUGUUAAGAAAAUUAAUAUAACAGUACUAAAUGAAGGAAACAUAAUAAAAGUUACGUGUUUCACAUAUAGAAUAAGACAUGUGAAAAGGAUAUUAAAUAUGAAACAAGUGAAAGUGACAGCGGGCAUUGUGGCAGUGGUAUCGUGCUUCAUAACACUUCUGCUAUACUAUCGAUACCACAUAUUUACGCCGAGGACCCAGCACCAUCCAAUAAGGGCACUCGUACGAAAAGCUACCACACGACAGUACAUUAAACUCACAAACUUACCAAUGCGACACGUGCCACUAAAUGAGAUCUACCCAGACAACUCAGAAUACGACGAGUCGCAUGAAGUAAAUGAUAUGAAUAGACGAGCCUUUGUCGAAACCGCCGGAUGUGAAAUUCCCGUAGCAAUGAUUGAGUAUAAAAAGUACAAGAAAAGACAAAAAAACUGCGGGAAGCGGGCCGUAUUUCUGAAAAAAGUUGACGAGGAAUAUGUGCAAGUAAUGAUAAAAACUCGUGCAAUGGGAAAGUAUUUGAGAAAAAGUGUUAAUUUCAGUUGCUGCUACCGAUUCAUUAGGAGGUCUUCUCAUCAUGAAACAACCAAAAUAGAAUAUACCACAUGUAAAAGAGUGGAAAAUGGAGAGAAAUUUCAGUUGGAAACUGAAUUCGUAAACGUGAAGUGCUUUGAAUACAAUCGACAUAACGUGACGCAUAUAGUUUAUAGUGAUGUCUACGUGUUUAUAAAAAAGAUAUCAAUACCAAACUAUCAGAUCAAUAAAAGAAAAAAAUACAAUGUCUUGAUGAUCGGAAUGGAUUCAAUGUCCCUGUCUCGAACCGUGCAAGCGAUGAGCCAAACUGUUAACUUUUUUAAGGAAAACUCUUGGUUAGGUUUCAGAGGAUAUCAUAAGAUAGCUGACAACACAUUUCCCAACUUGAUGGCUGUUUUUACAGGCAUGAAUAUGUCUACAAUUUCUAAAAUCUGCUCCAACAGUAUGGAUGAAUGCAAUGAACUUUUGUUAUGGAGCCAAUUUAAAAAUUCAGGAUACGUAACAGCUUACGGUGAAGAUUAUUUGCGACUUCCCGACACGUUUAGCAAAGAAUAUACAUUCAAGAGCGCACCAACAGAUCAUUAUUUAAGACCUUUUUAUAUUCAUGGGGAAAACGAACUGUUCAACCGAUCUAUGGUGUGUACAGGAAAGUUGCCGUCGGGACAACAUCUAUUGGAUUACGCAUUCGACUUUGCUCUCACUUACAGAUACUACUCGUUUUUCGGAUUUUUUUGGAUGAACUCAUUCAGUCAUAACGUCAACAGUCACCCAGAGGAAGCGGAUAAAAUGUUUGAAAGUUUUUUCAAUCGGCUUACAUACACUGGAAUUUUAGAAAACACUUUCAUCAUAUUUUUCAGCGAUCACGGAAUACGUUUUGGCGACUAUCGUAUGCAGACAGCGUCUUAUUAUGAGGAACGCAGUCCCGCUUUAUUUAUGUGGGCUCCAUUGAGGUUUCAAGGAGAAUAUCCGUUACUUUUUAGGGCAGCAGCUGUAAAUCAAUUUCGUUUAAUAACUCCUUAUGAUUUGUAUAAUACGAUCGUUAAUAUUAAUAGCUUAUCAGAGACCGGAAAUUCUACAGAAGGGGCAUCAAGUGCUUGUCCAAACUGUCACAGCCUCUUUCAUACAAUUUCUGGUAACCGCACUUGUGCUGACGUUGAAAUUCACCCCAAAUGGUGUUCUUGCCACAAAUUGUAUCCAUUAGAUUCACACGAUAUCGAAGGCAUGAAAAGUGCUAUUUACGCAUCGACCGAAAUAAAAGCACUAGUUAAGAAAAUAAAGACUGAGCGAUGCUGGGGUUGUCUAAAGCUGGCGAUAAGCAAUGUCAUAAGAAUACAUUUUUACUAUAAUGAUUCAGGUUUAUAUUACGUGGUUGCAUUUACUAUGACACCAGGAAAUAUAACUUUCGAAGCAGUUGUUUCAAAGAAAGGCAGUAAAUUACAACUUGUAGGCGAUAUCAGUGUUAUAUCAGUGUACAGAGGAUUAGGAAAAUGUGCACCACACCAGCGAGACAGACUCUUUUGCGUAUGCCAGAAAAAAGAAAAUUGUUAAAUUUUGGA